AUGUACUCGAGGCCGUCGGUAGACGCCUGUCUCGUUCUCACCACAGACCCUAAGCCUCGGCUGCGGUGGACGGCGGAGCUUCAUGAGCGCUUCGUCGACGCCGUCAACCAACUUGGAGGCCCGGAGAGUGAGCGCUUCUUCCUUUCCUAUUUCUCUUCGGCUGUCAAAUUGUUCUCUGCACCCUCCUGAAUUAGCGUUUUUUGUUUCAAUGAGAAUCUCUUCUCGUAAUGCUCUCUGGAAGGCACUUCGCUCCUAGAGUGAGAAUUUUUGACCUCGUGAUGGAAAAUUCUGUAUGGUUUCCUGAUCACGGUAUCAUCAUAGGGCUCUUCUGCCUUGAUGAUCGAUUUUUUAUGUCAACUGUGCUCGCAUGGCUUAAUGGGGUGGGGUUGUAGUGAGAUCUCAUCCAGUUUUUUUUUAUAUAUCCUCAGAAAAACCUAGAUGUCUGACCUUGUUUUCUUCCAUGGGAUGAUUGAAACGUAAAUGUAGACGCUAAUACGUGCACUUAAAAACUGGGAAAAAGAAUGAAAUUAUCUCUCUAAGACUUUUUCUACGAGCUUUCAAGCUUUUUCCCCUGGGUUUUAGUGCUAUUUUCUUGAAUUCAUUUUUUAAAAGUAAUAGUAGGAGGCAAUUUUAUGUUUCUCCAGUAGCUCUUCCUUCCAGACGGGGUUGUUACCUUGUCCAUCAGAAGACGAGCCAUUAUAAAAUGUAGGAAUCCAGUUGACCUCUCAGCUGAGGAAGAGCUGGCUAAAUUAUUAAACCAAAUGUAAUAUCAUGCGGGUUCCAUUAUUUUUUCAUGUCAUAAUUUACCAGGUCAGUUAUAUUGAGCGCUAACUUAACGCAGUUCAUUUUGCUCUCAUGGUGAAAGAUUCUCGUUCUACAGGCAUCAUAUUGGAUCAUCAUCCAUUCUUAUUUAUUAUCUCAAUAUAAUUAUUAAUAAAUAUCAUAUUAUGGAGUUUUACGAAUUCUUUGGCACUAUUUUAUCGUAGUAUGGGGCCUAUGUUCUCAUUUUUGGGACAGCAAUCUGCAUUGUAUAUAUUUAUUUAUUCUUAUUUCUGUUUUUUUUACUCAUUAGAAUUUCAAGUUUAUUAUGUUACUUUAUCCUUUUAUCUCAGAGGCCACUCCAAAGAUGAUAAUGAGAACAAUGGCAGUAAAAGGACUCACACUCUAUCAUCUGAAAAGCCAUCUGCAGGUCUGUCUCUUAAAUUUUCUUCUACAAUAGUUACAUGGAAGAUGUGCUAGGACUUUUUAUAGAUAAAACUUGUCCUGAAAAUAUGUAUACUUCUCUGUGGCAAGUAUUGUGUUAUCUGAAUGCUCCUUGUAAACUAUAUUUUUUGGUUGUGCCCAAAUUCAAACACUGCUUUUCUUUCUCUUUCAGAAGUAUAGACUGGGAAAGCAAUCGUCUAGAGAGGGUUCCGACUGCUCCAAAAAUGGUAAGAUUUUUCUCUCUCUCUCUCUCUCUCUCUCUCUCUCUCUCUCUCUCUCUCUCUCUCUCUCUCUCUCUCUCUCCCUCUCUCUUUCUCUUGGAAAUGCAUAUCCCAGUCCAGCUAUAUCCGUGCUCAUGGAGAUGUUGUCUUCUGUAGUAUGCGACUAUAACCUUCACCUCUACUCUAUCUUUCCCUUCACCAUUCUCGUCGAAUAUAAAAUAUCCUUAGACACUUGCAUUUCCUUUCUCCAUUUACCUGGUUAUUACAUUUCUCUGAAACUUGUUUAGUUCCCGUUUGCCUUUUGGCUAAUAAUUCACUUAAAUUUGAGAGGUAAUUUUAGUUAUUUCUCUGAAAAAAUUCAGGGAAAGAAAAUUUAACCCUCCAUAAACGUAAACCCCCUAUUCUGAUAAGAACUUUGACAAAUAAACAAAGAUAAUUUCAGUUCGUCACCAGUAACAAACCGUUGUUAUUUCCAUGGAUGAGAGGAGGUUUACAAAGGCUUGUAUUUGUAUCUAUGAUUUUCUCUCUGAAAAGAAUGAAAAGGAAAUAGUCCUGAUUCGCAGGAUUUUGAUAAAUUUCGGAAUGAGAAUGGCGUCGAACAUCCAAUUGAAUCCUACCUUUAGCCGUAAGUAGGAAUCCGGAGGAAGAAAAAUCCUCUAAGUUGCUCCUAUGGUCAAUUGGUAUCCCAUUUAUCAUUUUUUGCCAAAUUUUAGACGUGGAAGUAGGCAUUUACUUUGAAUUAAAUGCCUGCCAUGGCUGAAUUCAGAAAAGUGCUGGUCGACUUCCCAAGGAAAAGAACGCUAACCUCAUGGAAGCUGCUCGCCAUUUUAGUGCAUGAUAAUCCGGGCUUAAGCUUGAGAAAUUUUUGUUUCUUGAGUGUUUUCCUUAGCGUGGGAAAAUGAAUCCCCCCACCGUAAGUAAUGUUAUUUUUCCUGUGACACAUCAGUAAACUAGGUAACAUGAUGUUAUCUCUAAAGCACGUAUUCUAAGUCUUAGUAUACCACUGGCUAUGUUUGAAUCACACUAUAUUAGGUUUUUAGAGGAAACCAUCAUCAGCUUGGUCAGAAAUUCCUUAUGCUGUUCACGGUUAUUAAUAAAUCGUGUUGCUCCUGCAUUCGUUGUUCUUUAUACAAUUUUUUUUUUUUUAUUGACCCAAGGAGCUCACACAUAUCAUUGGGCUGCAGAUUCUGCAGCUGGAGAGACCCAUGAAAUUGGUCAGCCGUCUUCAUCAUCAAUAAUGACCCAAGAGUUCAAUGAGUACGCCCUUGGCACCCAGAACUAGCAGAUGGUCCUCAGCUUUGGUUUGAGUACAAUCCGCUGUUAUUUCUAUCACUCUUGGCUGACAAGCUCUGCCCAAGCUAUGUUGGGCCUGAACUAACCUUUAAUUAGAUCGUAUUGGACUGACCUGAGUGCAGCCAACUGGCCCUAUCCAUUAUCUGUUUGUAGCCAAUAAACCAUAGUCAAUUCUCAUCCUUGGUCUCUGUGGUUAUGGUUUGAGAGUAGGUUGAGCCGAAGUGUGUCAGUCCAUCGGGAUUUCAGUCUUUAAUGGUGUAGAUCCUAAUAGAACGGGAAUUUAACUUUCUGGGUUUAGGCAUGCAUUCGUUUCCAUUUUCCUCUUUGCAUAACCUGAUACUCUUCGCUGGGUACAUUUAGAAGGAGAGACCCUGUUUUUUUCGAGAGUUUUGAUUCAAUUUAUUAAUAAACUGUUCAAUGAACAAGGGAUUCUUUUUUUUUUUUCUAGAGUUGUUAUUCGGUUUAUUAAUUAUUGCUCAAUGUGCAUUUUUUUUUCCAUAUUUUUGUAUUUUCUUCAAUGCAGUGAAUAUAAUGAUGUGAUGAGAAGUCAAAUGGAGCUUCAAAGAAGGCUUCAUGAGCAUCUUCAGGUCAGUUGCUCGCUCCAUUGCUAUGAAAUCUACAUGUGCCUACCGUUAUUAAGGGUUUUUUUCAAAAAAUCGUCUAAAUAUCACUUCGUUAGAAUUACCCACACGUAGUGACAACUUUUCAACCCCAUAUUUCAAAUAUCAUGCGACAUGAAAUUUCUCUGAAAUCCCAGAAAAAAUCAUUAACUAUUAAUCUUGUUUGUUAAAAUUAUUGGGCCAUCCACCUCAAAAGCAGUUGCAGUAAUCAUGGGUUCCUUUCCACUAAAAUAACUAAUACAGGACCAUUCAGACAAAGCACGUUCAGGGCACGUGCAAUAAUCGGCUCUGCCUGGUGUUAUUAGUCCAUCCAAACUCAAAAACUAGUUGGUGGCGAUCAGAGUAGGUUUGUCUUUUUCAUAUCACAAGUUUCUCUUUACACCAACCGACACAAGGUUACUCCAGAUCAUCAUUAUCAUCAUCAUUGUCAUUGUUGUCGUCGUCAUCAUCAUCAUCAUCGUCAUCAUCAGUGUCAUCAUCAGUGUCAUCGUUGUCAUCAUUGUCAUUAUCAUAAUCAUCAUCAUCGUCACCAUUGUUGUCCACAUCAUCAUCGUCAUCAUCAUUGUCCUCAUCAUUAUCAUCAUCGUCACCAUCAUUGUCCACAUCAUCAUCAUCAUCGUCAUCAUCAUUGUCCUCCUCCUCAUCAUCAUCAUCAUCAUCAUCAUCAUCAUCAUCAUCAUCAUCGUCAUCGUCAUCAUCAUAAUCAUCAUCAUCAUCAUCAUCAUCAUCGUCAUCGUCAUCAUCAUAAUCAUCAUCAUCGUCAUCAUCAUUGUCCUCAUCAUCAUCAUCAUCAUCAUCAUCAUCGUCAUCGUUAUCAUCAUAAUCAUCAUCAUCGUCAUCAUCAUUGUCCUCAUCAUCAUCAUCAUCAUCGUCAUCAUCAUAAUCAUCAUCAUCAUAAUCAUCGUCAUCAUCAUUGUCCUCAUCAUCAUCAUCAUCAUCAUCAUCAUCGUCGUCGUAGAUUCUAAGUACCAGUAAUUUUUUUCCUUCCAGGUUGAACAUCAUCUUGAGCUCAGGAUAGAGGCCCAUGGAAAAUAUCUCCAAUCAAUAUUCGAGAAGGCCUGGAGCACCAUCACAGAAUCAGGGCCACAAGGGAUUCGACCACAGGAGGCUGUCAGGCAGAAUCAUUGCGGGCCCACCAUAGGAGUGCCCAACGAGCAGCUGCGCCUCCUGCAGGAGCCCCUCAAACCCACCUCUCUUUUUGAUGCUGUGGCAGGAUUCAUUGAGAAUAGGUCAACGGGGAGGGGGGUAGCCCAGAUCACCGAAGGCUCCAUUGAUAGUUGCUUGACGUCAAUGGGGAGCCCGGCACGAAUUCCAAUUAUGGGUUCACAGGCUAUGGUCAACCAGAUAAUGAGGCCAUUCUCGGGGGCUAUUGUUGGUUCAAGUGCAAUGGAAAGUGAUCUGAAGCAAAAAAUACGGUGGAUGUCUGGGGAAUGA